UCACCAACACUUUUGUUCCGGACUCAGGCCGUAGGAGCGCGCGCCAUGCGGGUCUCCCGUAGAAAGUGACAGUCGGCGGCGCUUCAGUGAAACUAACGUGCGCGUUACUUCCGGCCUGCUCUCCCCUUUCAAUUAGCGCGAUUAAACCUCCCUGAUCGAUCCGGGCCGAGAGGCGCGUUAACCGGCAGCUCUUCACUUCCAGUCCGGACGAGUCCCCGCAGUGGAGGAAACGACGCAAGAUGCACCACGAAGAAACCGCGACUCUGCAAAAGCCGCGCUAUGGAACCAUUCAGGACGAUGAGAGACAGUCAGCGGAGGAGAUGGACGAGAGGAGACGACAGAACAUCGCCUACGAGUACCUGUGUCACCUGGAGGAGGCCAAACGGUGGAUGGAGGCCUGUCUGGAGGAGGACCUGCCUCCCACCACAGAACUGGAGGAGGGACUGAGGAACGGCGUGUUCCUUGGUAAACUAGCCAACUUUUUUGCCCCCAAAAUGGUGUCCGAGAAAAGGAUCUACGACAGAGAUCAGGCCCGCUAUAAGAGCAAAGGGCUGCACUUCAGACACACUGACAACACUGUGCAGUGGCUCAGAGCUAUGGAGUCCGUAGGUCUCCCCAAGAUAUUCUAUCCUGAAACAACAGAUGUUUAUGAUCGCAAAAACAUGCCCAAGGUAGUGUACUGCAUUCACGCACUAAGCUUGUACCUUUACAAACUGGGCAUUGCGCCACAGAUCCAGGACCUGCUGGGGAAAGUGGCCUUCACAGAGGAAGAGAUUAGUAACAUGAGGAGUGAGCUGGAGAAGUAUGGCAUUCAAAUGCCAGCUUUCAGUAAGAUCGGAGGAAUCUUGGCCAAUGAGCUCUCGGUGGAUGAAGCUGCCCUGCACGCUGCUGUGAUUGCCAUCAAUGAAGCGGUUGACCGAGGUCAGACAUCUGUGACAAUGGGGACCCUGAACAACCCAAACGCGAUGCUGAGGAAUACCCAGGAAGCUCUGGCCCAAGACUACCAAGACACGCUCAGCCAGGCCAAGGCCCGUAAGCAGGAGCAGUCCUCAGGAAGGCGCUCAUCGGUUGCUACUGAGGAAAGAGAUGUUUAUGAGGAACUGCUGACUCACCUGGAAAUCCAGGGCUGCAUUCACUUUGUCAACAUCCAGGCAGCGAUAAAGCAGGUGAAUCAAGCGGUGUCGACCCAGGACCAGACUGCUUUGUUGGCUGCACUCAGGCUUGAGGCUCUGGCCGUUCUGGGUGUUCAGGAGUCAAACGGUCACUGGUACCUGGAACAUUUUACCACCUAUUGCCAACAUAAAUCCAAGGAUGGAGGGAGGACAGUGAUGGACGACAAAGAGGAGAUUCAGAGAGUUAUCACCACUUGUAAUGACUUUGCUGAGGCGGAGAAACGAAAACUCGAGGCAGUUGCCGCGAUCAAUACAGCCGUUCGUCUUGGCAACGCAGAAGAGACGGUGGAGCAGCUGAUGAACCCUGAGGCACAGUUGCCAAUUGUUUACCAGAGUGCAGCCAACCUCUAUCAGGCUGAGCUUUUUUCUUUACAGCUACAAGGCGGACGGUCUGGCCUGAGUCACGAGGAGCUCAGCGUAGCUGUGGAAAUGCUGUCGGCGGUAGCAGUCCUGAAUGAGGUGCUGGACACCAAAGACCCCCAGGCUGUGAUUGAGCAACUGACCGACUCUCCCCUGGGCUUCACCAACAUGGAUCAAGACAACCUGAACAGGUAUGCUGACACUCUCAUCAAACUGCGAGAGGAGGCUCUUGCCAGGGGUCAAGAGUUUCUCACCUGGAAUGAUGUUCAAAAAUGCAUCGACACAGUCAACGUUCAGGUCCACGAGGAGCAUGAACGCAUCAUAGCUUUAGCUGAAAUCAAUGAGGCACUCAACUCGGGUGAUCAUAAGCAGACGCUUGCAGCCCUGCUCCUCCCUACAGCCAAGUUGACAGGAGUGAACCCAGUCACAGCCAAACACUACCAUGAUGUCCUUCAACAUACCAAGCAGCUCCUCUGUCAGUCUUCUGGGGACGAGUCUGCAGUGCUGUGGCUGGACCAAAUCCAAGAGGCCAUACACACAGCCAACCGGGACGAAGGAGAGGCUCUCUCAUUGGCUGCAGCAGUCGCUGAUAUCAACAGGGCAGUGGCCGAGGAGGACUUUCAGAAUACACUGCAGGCUUUGCAAGUUCCCAGCGCAGGACUGAGAGCAGUGCUUCCCGAAUGUGCCGACACGUACCACUCUGAACUGGCCCAGAGACAAACGAGCAGUGCCACUAACGGUAGCACUGAUAGCGUGUGGGUGAAACAUUGCUUUAAGGACAAAUAUGACUACUACUAUAACCUGGAGACUGGACGGGGCCUCUGGGAGGAGCCUGAAGGAUUUGAGCACAGCGGUGGCCAGCUCAGUAAAGACGAAAUCCAGAGUGUUGUCAGCUGUGUGACUGCUGAAUAUAACAGGGAACAACUGUGGAUGGCCAAUGAACGCUUGGUGACGCAGCUGCAGGCGAUGACCAGAGGUUACCUGGUCAGGAAAAAGCAUGCCAAGAGAAUGGAGUAUCUACGCCAGCAAGAACCACAUGUUGUCAAGCUGCAGGCCUGCUGGAAAGGAUACAAACAAAGGAAAAUGUUCAAAAACAGGAGGAAUUUGUUUCAAGAAAAUGUUGCUUCGAUUGUCAAGAUCCAGGCUGUGGCAAAAAUGUGGAAAGCCAAGCGCUGCUACAGCCAAAGGUUGCAGUUCUUCAAAGAUCAUGAAAAACAAAUUGUGAAAAUCCAAGCUUUUCUAAAAGCCAACAAAGCAAGGCAUGACUAUAGAACACUAACUGGGGCCAAGGAUCCUCCUCUGUCAGUGGUGCGUAAGUUUGUCCACCUGCUGGAGCAGAGCACGCUGGACCUUCAGGAGGAGCAGGAAGUGACACGUCUCAGAGAGGAGGUGGUCACCAAUAUUCGUUCCAAUCAGCAGAUGGAGAAAGAUUUGAACCUGAUGGACAUAAAGAUUGGACUUCUGGUGAAGAACAGGAUCACUCUGCAGGAUGUUGUGUCCCAUAAUAAAAAAAUGAAGAGCAAGAAAAAUAAAAGGAGUACAGAGGACUUGACUACAGGAGACAGGCUGGGCAUCAAGGGACUAAGUAAAGGCAAACGACGGAAACUGGAGGCCUACCAGCAUCUCUUUUACCUGCUGCAGACCAAUCCACACUACCUGGCCAAGCUCAUCUUCCAGAUGCCCCAAAACAAAUCCACAAAGUUUAUGGACACUGUGGUCUUCACCUUGUACAACUACGCGUCCAACCAGAGAGAGGAAUACCUGCUGAACAAACUCUUCAAGACGGCUCUGGAGGAGGAGAUCAAUUCUAAGGUGGACCAGAUUCAGGACAUUGUGACCGGGAACCCUACGGUCAUAAAGAUGGUAGUGAGCUUCAACAGAGGCGCACGUGGCCAGAACACCCUCAGGCAGCUGCUGGCUCCAGUGGUCAAAGACAUUAUUGAGGACAAGAGCUUAGGGAUCAACACUAACCCAGUGGAUGUGUAUAAAGCCUGGGUCAACCAGCUGGAGACUGUUACUGGAGAGGCCAGCAAGCUGCCUUAUGAAGUGACUCCCGAGCAGGCCGUGUCCCACGAGGAGGUGCGCAACAGGCUGGAGGCUUCCGGUCUGGCUCUCCGCUCUGCAACGGAUAAGGUCUUGAACUCCAUUGUGUCCUCAUUGGAUAAUAUCCCUUAUGGCAUGAGAUACGUUGCAAAAGUUCUGAAGAACAGCCUCCAUGAAAAGUUCCCAGAUGCCUCAGAGGAUGAACUGAUGAAGAUUGUGGGGAACCUGCUUUACUACCGCUACAUGAACCCCGCCAUCGUGGCCCCGGAUGGCUUCGACAUCAUCGACAUGCUGGCAGGAGGGCAGCUCCACGUAGACCAGCGCCGUAACCUGGGGUCCGUGGCCAAGAUGCUCCAGCAUGCCGCUGCCAACAAGCUCUUUGAGGGCGAGAACGCACAUAUGACGUCCAUGAACAACUACAUAUCUCAGACGUAUGAGAAGUUUAGGGUAUUUUUCCAGUCAGCCUGUGAUGUUCCUGAACCUGAGGAGAGGUUUAACAUUGAUGAAUACUCCGACAUGGUGACGUUGAGCAAGCCUAUCAUCUACAUCUCAAUAGAUGAAAUCAUCAAUACCCACACGCUGCUUUUGGAACAUCUGGAGGCCAUCUCCCCUGAUCCCAAUGACUUGCUACAUGAGCUGCUGCAGGACCUGGGAGAUGUCCCUGAUGUAGAGACAUUACUUGGCGAAGGAGCGGUGGACCAAAAUGACCCAAACAGAGAGAGCGCUCUGAGCCAACUGGCUAAGACGGAGAUCUCCCUCACCCUAACCAGCAAGUUGGAGCUGCUGGAAGGAGAUGAUAGAGACCUGAAGACUCUAAUGACAAAGACGAAAAAGCUUAUAGUGGAUGUCGUUCGGAUUCAACAUGGAGAGACGUUGCCUGAAAUUCUUGAGACUCCAGCUUCUGUCAUCCAGGAGUCUGAGCAUACCAAGGUUAUAGAGCGGCGGGCCGUCCAGGACGCUCUGACCCCAGAAGGGUUGAAGAGCAGCCCGGCAGUGCUGGAGGACAGCCAGCUGCCUCUUGAGCAGAAGAAGAGGAAGAUCCUGAGGAACCUCCGUAACCUGGAACAGGCUUCCUUUGUCACGGCCGGUAACAAGUACCAGGACCUCGUCAACGAAAUAUCAAAGGACAUUCGCUACCAAAGACGCUACAGACAGAGACGGAAGGCCGAGCUUGUGAAACUCCAGCAGACACUGACGGCACUCAACUCCAAAACCACCUUCUACCAGGACCAGAUGAACUAUUAUGAUACGUACAUCAAGACCUGCCUGGACAACCUCAACCGGAAGAAUUCACGCAGAUCAAUAAAACUGGACGGAAAAGGUGAAAAUAAGGGCAGUAAGAAGUGGAAGCCACAGUCUCUGAAGUACACUGCAGCAAGGCUGCACGAGAAAGGAGUUAUCCUGGAAAUAGAAGGACUUCAGACAAACCAGUUUAAAAAUGUCAUGUUUGACAUUUCACCCACUGAGGACGUUGGGGAUUUUGAGGUGAAAGCAAAGUUCAUGGGAGUUGAGAUGGAAAAAGUCCAGCUUCAUUUCCAGGACCUCCUUCAGCUGCAGUAUGAGGGCGUGGCGGUCAUGAAGAUGUUUGAUAAAGCCAAAGUCAACGUCAAUUUACUCAUCUUCCUCCUGAACAAAAAAUUCUAUGGCAAAUGAGAACGGGACGAACAAGCAACAGGAGAGGAAUUGCAACGAGAAUGUGCCUUCUGACAGCGCUGUUGAACAAAAAAUGCAUUUAGUCAGCGAACAUCCGAUGGCGGAUGUUUCAUUUUAUUUAAUGGAUCACACCUAAAUUAAAUGUUAUUCAAAUGAAUCUAUCUGCAUUGUGGUAAUUGUAAAUGUGCAUUUUUAAGAAUGAAAUUGUAAUAAUAUUCUUGUUUUGUAUGUAAAAGCUUGGAGACCCAACAAGCGUCACCUUUUAUGUUGAACCAACUAUCUGUUCAAAACUCGAGAGCAACUUUCCAGCCUGUACAGCUUCGUGGGAAUAGUGUAGUUUACUAGUGCCUUUUUAAUUAGGAAACCUGUUUAAUUAAUAAAACACUUUAAAAGCUA